AUGCAAGUGUCCUUCCUGAAGGACAACAAAACAUUACAGUGCCACGUGAUCCUGCGGGGAUUGCUGUCAGAGAUCCUGCGUAAAGAAGAAGACCCUAGGACAGCUUCCCAAUCCCUCCUGGUAAACUUGAGGGCAAUGCAGAAUUUCCUCAACCUGCCUGACACAGAGCGGGAUCGUAUAUAUCAGGACGAGAGAGAGAGAAGUAUGAACCCCAAUGUGAGCAUGGUGUCUUCGGCAGCCAGCAGUCCGAGUUCUUCCAGAACCCCCCAGGCCAAAACCUCAACACCGACAACAGACCUCCCCAUUAAGGUGGACGGCGCCAACGUCAACAUCACAGCUGCCAUUUAUGACGAGAUCCAACAGGAGAUGAAAAGGGCCAAGGUGUCUCAGGCCCUGUUUGCCAAAGUGGCUGCCAAUAAAAGUCAGGGAUGGCUGUGUGAGCUGCUCCGCUGGAAAGAGAACCCAAGCCCAGAAAACCGCACCCUCUGGGAAAACCUCUGCACCAUCCGCCGCUUCCUGAACCUUCCCCAGCACGAGAGGGAUGUGAUCUAUGAGGAAGAGUCCAGGCAUCACCACAGCGAGCGCAUGCAGCAUGUUGUCCAGCUCACUCCUGAGCCUGUGCAGGUCCUGCAUAGACAGCAGUCCCAGCCUGCAAAGGAAAACACACCUCCAAGAGAAGAGGCCCCACCUCCACCUGCUGAGGACAGUUGUGCCAAAAAGCCAAGAUCCCGUACCAAGAUAUCCUUGGAAGCUUUAGGCAUCCUUCAAAGUUUUAUCCAUGAUGUAGGCCUGUAUCCUGACCAGGAGGCCAUUCACACUCUGUCCGCUCAGCUGGAUCUGCCCAAACACACGAUCAUCAAAUUCUUCCAGAACCAGCGUUACCACGUAAAGCACCACGGGAAGCUAAAAGAGCAUUUGGGAACAGUGGUUGAUGUGGCAGAGUACAAAGAUGAGGAGCUGCUGACUGAAUCGGAGGAGAAUGACAGUGAAGAAGGCUCCGAGGAAAUGUAUAAAGUGGAACCGGAAGAGGAGAAUCCUGACAAAAGCAAGGCAACUCCUUCAGAAAUUGACCAGAGAUAAUGUGAGCCCAUGAUACAGAAAGCAAUACAUUGAUCCAAGGAUUUUCUGUUUAUUUUUAUUAAUUUGUUUUUUCCCCUCUUUUUGCAUUUGUUGUUGUUGUUUCUGUUGCACACGAUCCGUGUGAAAACUGAAUGAAUUCAGCAUCGUCCAAUUAAAACAUCGCCUUGACACAGACACUUGAGUGUUACACUUUUACGUUUGACUGAGAUAAUAGUUGUAAUCACAUAGGAUUAUGCCUGUUUUAAUCUUGCACUUAUGAAAGGGACAUCUAGCAAGUUAACAGGAAGAAAAAGACCUAUGAAAUCAAUGAAGGAAAAUUUACAGCUGUGUGUGUGUGUGUGUGUGUGUAUAUGUGUGUGUGUGUGUGUAUAUAUAUAUAUAUACAUAUAUAUAUAUAUAUAAUAAAAAUUGCAUGGGACAGAACUUUACAAUCCGAAAGUAUAGACUGUGAAAUGAGUUCUUUAAAGAUGAAACUUGUUUAUGUAUUAAAACCACUUCACAAUGAGUUGCUUUGGCUUUUUGAUAACUGCCGCCUGCUCUCAGGGUGUGGUGACUAUUUUUGAAUUCCUAUUUAUUUUCUAUGUUUAUCCCUGAUUUUUUUAUUAUUGUUAUUAUAUGGCUUCCUAUCUGGCAACUUGAUGGGUAAUUUUUGAGGUAUGUAUUUAAAGACAUAAAUAAACACUGCCAAAAAAAUAAGAGAGAAAACGGAAAAAAAAAUCAGGGCACCUUAAAAACAACUACUAUGUUAAAGUACUUUAAAACACAGUGCACACUUAAAAUGAUA